AUGUAAAAAACACAUUAAAGAUAAUCGAAAAGCCCUUUAGUUAAUAAUAAAGUGAUACGAACUAAAACAUAACAUACAAGCAAAGACGAAUCGAUUAAUUUAGAUAACAGCAUAAAAGACCAAACUUUAGAAAAAUUAUUUUUGCAAUUAGACCAAUUAAGAAGAAGGCACGAAUAAGAAAAAAAAGAAAUGAAUGAUACCUUCAAUUACUAACUUUAGAUUAAAAGCAAUUAACUUUAAAAAUCAGCAUAAGAGUUUUAACAAAAAAAUUUGCUCUUAGAAUCAUUACUAUUUUAAGAACAAGCCAAGACUAUUCAUUUAACUAAAAUCAUAUAAGAAAAACAGAAAUCAACAGCCCUUGAUUAAGAGAAAGAAUAAUAUAAAAACAAAAUUUAGCAAUUGGAAUCUAUAUUAUAGGAUUCUUAACGAAAAAAUUAAAUUAUUCCAAAUAAACUUAUAUAGAAAGACACUUCAUUUAAAAUACUUAUUGAAAUAAUAAAUAAGGUAUCUACUAAUAUACUUCGUCUCAUCAAAGAUAAGAAUACCAUCUUAAGCUGGAUUGAUUAGGAAAUUUUAGAAAUAGACAUUUUAAAAUAAAAAGACCUAAAUAAAUCUUUACUAAAACUUAAUACAAUUUUCGAAAAGUUUUUCGUAUCAUUGUAAGAAAGAGAAACAUUGUCCUUAUCCCCUUAUAAAAUUGCUACUAAAAACAAUAACUAAACAAUCAAUACAGAAAAACCAACAGCAACAACAAUUCCAACCUAAAAGUCUAAGGUAAAAAUGAUGAACUCUGAAACAUAAACAAAAGUAAUUCAAAAUAAAAUAAGUAACUUUUAAUAAACAGACAAAAUUGAUUUUAAAUCCAAAUUAACUUAAACUGAUUUUUUAAAUGUUUAAAAUGAAGGAAAAAUUGAAUAAGCCUUUGAAAAAUAAAAAUUACAAGUAGAACCUUAAAAAUAAAAAAUUAAAGAAUAAAAAUCGAAAAAGAAUUGUAGAAUUCAAUAAUUAGUCUAAAUUUCUAUCUUGUUGCAAUGUCCUAAUAGAACUUCUCAGAUUGCAAAACCAAAACUUAUAUCAAGCGAAGUGCAAACAGAUCAAAUCUAAGAUCAAUAACUUAAAAUUCCUCAUGAAUAAAAGAAACAUUAUUCAAAAAUUACAGAAUAUGAUGAAGAGGAAAAUGAAUUAAGUAAAGACGAAAGUAAAAAAAAUUCGUAAAAAGAAGACAAUAAUGGAGCUGAUUCUAGUUUUGAUUGUAACAAACCUGAUUAUGACUCGGAUUAAGAAAAUGAUAAAAUGUUAAUAAUAGAAAAUAAAUAUUAUUAGUUUAUAAUUAACUUUGAAUCAGCUGCUUUAAUAAUAAAAUUUGUUUUACAUUAUUCUUUACAGGACUUAAUUACGAAUAAAUGGAGCAUAAAACUAAAAGAUCAUAAUGCAACAUUAAAAUAUUCAAUUGGUAUUUUAAGUUAAAGCUCAACAUUUUUAACAAACAUGAUAAAAUCAAUUUAUGGUGUAGAUUAAUAGAUAUAGUUUGAUUUAAAUUAAAUAGCAAUUUAAUAUUAUGAUAGUGGAUUUUAGGAGAAUUAUAGACUAGAGAUUAUUAUUAAGCAACUUGAAUUUCCAUCUCAAUUCUUAAUAAAUUCUGCUAAAAUAUAGGAAAGACAGGAAUUCUAACAUUUUUGGAUAGAUUUUAUGAUUUAGCAGUGCAAUUUAUUUAUCUAUUUGGUUUAGGACUUUAAUGAAGAUGAUUAAAGAAUAAUAAAAUAUCUUUAGGAUAAGAACAAAAAAGUAGCUAUUAUUUCUUAUGACCUAAAUGAUUACACACUUGACAAUUUUGAUGUGUUCAACAAUUAUAAAUAUAACAUAGAUUUAUAAAUAAUCAAGAUUUAAAACAAUUAAAAUAUCUUAUAAUCUUUAUGGAGAGACAUUUUAUAAUCUGAUUGGGAAUGGGAGGAAGUCUAUGAAUCUAUUUUAGUUUAAUUACAAUAGUUCAUUAGCUAAAUAGUGGAGAAUGACGAUUGCAUUCAUUUAUAGAUCAAAGAAGAUGGAAUUUUUGAAAUAUCAUUAAUGAUUGAUGAAAUUGCCUACGAUUAUUUAUUGAAAAUUCCCUAUGUGAAGAAUAAGGAAACUUUGGAUAAGGAAGUUUAAGUUCUUCUUGAAUUACCUGAGAAGAAAAGGAUUUAAGAAGUAAAAUGCAUUGGAAAUUAGAUUUUAAUAGUAAUUGAUAGAUUUAUAUUGCUUGAGCAAUGUGAUCAACUCAUAUAACUAAAUUCAAUCAAUAAUAAUUUAAUUUUACUAACAAUAAUUUAAUGA